AUGGGUGUUCAAAGGAAGACACGGAAGUUCGCACAACAGAAGCGAGUCAUCAAAGCCCAUGACAAGCGAUUAGUAAAGGCUCAGGAUCAGAAGAAACCCAACACAAAGACAGGCGAAGAAGUUCGCGAUGUCCAACAAGCCCCGUCUUCGCUCUUUUUCCAGUAUAACACCGCCCUUACUCCUCCGUAUUCUGUGCUAGUCGAUACCAACUUCAUUUCACAUACUAUUCAACAUAAGCUCGAAGUUAUUCCGACCAUGAUGGACUGUCUGUACGCCAAGUGCAUACCCAUAGUCACCGACUGUGUCCUUGCAGAAUUGGAAAAGCUUGGGCAGAAAUACAGACUCGCUCUGCGUGUUGCGAAGGAUCCUCGAUUUGAACGGAUACGGUGCGACCACAAAGGCACGUAUGCAGAUGAUUGCCUCGUUGAUCGCGUCAUGAAGCACCGCGUCUAUAUCGUUGCAACAAAUGAUCGGGACUUGAAGCGAAGAAUUCGGAAAGUUCCUGGUGUUCCGAUCAUGAGCGUGGCUCGUGGAAAAUACGUUAUCGAGAGGCUUCCCGAUGCCCCCGAGAAAUGA